CUUUUCCUAGUUGUAAGGAAGACCAAUCACCAAGAAAUACAAAAGGUUCAAUGUGGUAGCUUAUUUCUCUCAGUCGCGUCUUUUCGACGUUCCUUCUAUAAUUUCAUAGCUCACAUAUUUAGGCACACAGUCGUAUUUUUUUUCAUACACCGAGAAGCGUCUAGAUUUUUAAGCCCUUUCUCGAUAAUCCUACUGAAAUCCAUGAUCAUCUUUUCCUCUGUCUUCUAACCCUAUGAUAGUCUAUCUCAAUAUCAGCCUCCCGGGCAGUAUCAAAUGUAUUUACAGGUCAGGACACCCAAUUCUGCCACAGCCGUUGAAUCGAAUCUAGCUGAACAUAUCUCGUUUCUUAUGCCAGCAUGUCUCAUCGAGUGACAGCUGCAAUACUUCUCAAACAGCUGGCCACCACCAAUACAAACUCCAGCAGCAGCAUAGAUGGAGCAGAGCCAUUCAGAGCCCGUCUGUGACGGAAUAUCCAGCCACUAUCACAACAUUGCCUGUGAUCAACCCGGGCAACAACACACAAUGGAAGCUGAUUCGCUACUCGAUUCACAUGAUCCCCGGAUUUUAGACCUGGUGACUUACGACAGAAUGAGAGGGGAAAUUCAGCUUCCAACAGCGUCCGCGUCAGGUCCCCGACGCUUCGCAAUCUCCAAUGAGUUGUCCAACGGCGCAAAAUGGGCUGUCGAGGAUCGUCAUGAACAGCUGACCAUAUGGGGUGAUGAAUGGAAAAGAGUAUGGGAGAGCAAGUCAACAGACCCCGCGCGGCGAAGCAGUCUCGUUCAUGCGCCUGUAUGGUGGCAGAAGGCAGGGAGAUAUACAGACGCGUGGAUCGACGAGAGAACGAGGAUCGUCAUCUAUCAGAAGAUCGAUGGCACCUUGAAAAUAUUUGAGUCCCUGCGAGAAGGGAUCACCGCGUCGUCACACAUCUUCUUUGGAUAUACGCCGAGAAGAGGUCAUGUGGCCCUCUGGUUCCUGCCAAAGACCCCUUCGAACCUUCGCCGGUUGCCCAAGAUCGUACGAGAAAGCGGAACGCCUGAAUCAUCUCAUCACACUGGGCACACCGAGACGGGUUGUGACGCACGCCGAGAUAUUGUUCGACAUGCCAUCUAUGGGAGAUCAACGACUGGGUGCAGGUUGAAUCGCGAGACUUGUUCUCUGAGGAGAUCUGAUUCCAACGAGGUGAGACCUUUGGCUGAGGAAAUGGAAGCUUUGAUGCGUUUAGUAGAUGAUGCCAGGUUCGCAAUGUUUCCCACUACUGCGAAGAGUGCUCAGAAGCAGCCGAAGGUUGGCAGAGAAGACACCAGGGAUGAGAUGUUCGUGACUGCGGCAAGACACACUGGGGAGUCACGUAAGGCUCGGCAUCCUCCCACUCCAGAUCGAGAUGCUCUCUCCAGUCGUUCACGAACCAAUAGUACGCUCGACACACUGAGUCCCCGCUCUUGCUCAACAAUCACAACAAGGAAUGAGAUGUCCUCGUCUCGGAAUGACGAGCAAGUGCUCACUGGGCUUCACUUGGUCCAACGCCAUCCUCGACCAGACGUCUCGGUAGUUGUGGGACCGCAUCCCGGUGUCCGAGGGAAUAUUUCUCGAGUCUCUUGUCGUCCGGGAGCAUCAGAUUCAGAAGGGGCUGGGCCGCCCUUCGCACGAGAGGAUACGGACCAUCACGGCGUAGCGCACAAGGACCACGAGGCACAUGGCCGCGCUCAUCGCAGGCUGUGCAACAGCGACAAGAAACGGACCCACGUGCGGAGGCAACACGAGGAAUUACGGGAGAAACAUCCCGAGCUCGGGCAGCGUCGGAGGAUUGAAAUUGGCGAGGAGGUGGAGGAGGAGGAGAAGGAGGCGGGUUCGCGACUGGGCAAUGCGGGACGCAGCCAAGACCGGCGUGACCAGGAGCAGCGGCGCCACGAAGAGGGAGGGAUGGCCCGCAGGCGAAGGAUUCCCGGAGAUGGCAGUCGGAAGAAGCUUGUAUUUGCUGCAGUCCCCGCUCGCAAUCGCUCUCCCACGAACCCCGUCAAAGGCUCCCCAGGCCAGGUCGUCGGAAUGUCUCUGGGCCCUUCCAGCCCGGAUGCCGGCAACGAAGAUCGGCGGUCUGAAAGGAGACCCAGCAGCUUGCUGCAUGAACAGGAGACAAUAUCGACAUGGAAGGCUCGGCAGGAGACACUUGCUGCCUAGGAAGGAAGAUGCUGAGAUUUUGCUUGCGACAUUCACUAUCAAACUGCGUGCUUCACAAGUGGGCGGCUGCUAAACUGCCAUCUGUCCAGAGCAGUAGCAGCCUUUGCUUAAUUUGGAUAAUGGUCACCGUGAGGAGGGUGAAAGACAUUAUUUGUC